AUGGCUAAAACCGAUUCAUUCUCUCUUAACCAGCCUCAGACAACAAGUGGUUAUCUGAGCUCGUGGCGCCUUGCGACCGUCAUCGGUAGUCUGUGCCUCGGCAUCUUUCUAUUCGGACUAGAUAUCAAUAUCAUCGGUGUUGCUAUCCCUCAUAUUACAACUGAAUUCAAAUCAUUAUACGAUGUGGCCUGGUAUGGCUCUGCGUAUAUGCUAACCAUAACAGCAUUCCAACCGCUAUUUGGAAACCUGUAUAAAUAUUUCAACGCCAAAAUCGUCUACUUAAUAUCUCUAUUCACCUUCGAGGUUGGAUCUGCGAUAUGCGCCGCAGCUCCCGUAUCCUCCGUCCUCAUCUUUGGACGUGCGUUGCUCGGCCUCGGUGCUGCUGGGCUACUUCAGGGGGCUCUUGCUAUAAUCGGACAGGUCGUCACCGUCGACAAAGUACCACUCUAUCAAGGUAUCGUGGUUAGCUCAAUGGCCAUUAGUGUUUGCUUCGGGCCGGUGAUAGGUGGUGCUCUCACGGAAUAUGCAAGCUGGCGCUGGUGUUUUUGGAUUAACGUACCAGCGGGCGUUUUCGUCAUCCUCGUAGUCCUAAUCUUCGUGCCCCUCGGUCGUUCGUCGAAUAAGGUCAACGGAGCACUACCCCUACGAGAAAAGCUUAGACAUAUGGACCUUCCCGGCCUCGUUCUUUUCCUUGGGACCAUAUGCUGUCUUCUUCUUGUGUUAACCUGGGGCGGCCAAACAUAUGCUUGGAAAGAUAGUAAAAUCAUCGGUCUGUUUAUUGGCUUUGGACUCUUACUGAUAUGUUUCUGUUUCUGGUUGGUGAGACAAGGCGAUGUUGCUAUUAUUCCGCUUAGGGUAUUGAAGAAACGUUCGAUCUACGUGGGAUCUGUGGCCCUCCUAGGCUACGGUAUCUUAUCUGUGGUUUACGGCUACUAUCUCCCGAUUUUGUUCCAGUCCGCCCAAGGGGCGUCGACCACCGAAAGCGGGCUCCGUUACAUUGCGCUUGUUGGUCCUCAGAUUGUUGCCUUGGUAAUCGUUGGGGGAUUCGUGUCCACCUGGGGCUACUAUGUCCCUUAUAUGAUAGCAGGAGGAAUCGUGUGUAGCGUUGGGGCUGGCCUCCUCACUACCGUAGGCCUUACCACUCCAACGGUGAAGUGGGCCGCGUAUUUAGUCCUUACCGGCCUUGGCCUUGGUAUGGCAGCACAGCUUCCCUACACAGCUCUCCAGGCUGUUCUUGAACCAGGAGAUGUUGCGACUGGAAAUGCAAUCGCCGUGUUUUCUUUUCACUUGGCAGGCGCUAUCGGUACGGCAAUCGGUCAGAAUCUCUUAAUCAGCGGCCUCUAUCAUGCGGUACCACGAUAUACGAAUGCUGUCUCUCCAGCCGAAGUCAUUCAAGCUGGCGCUACUGGAUUAAGCACAGUAGCUACUUCUCCAGAAGUCCUGUACGCCCUACGAUCUGCGUACAGAGAUGCGGUGCGUUGGACAAUCAUUUUAGGACUUGCUGGGAUCUGCAUGACAAUCCCGGCAGCUUGUGCGAUGGAGUGGGUAAAUAUCAAAAAGGUGGCGGAGGCAAGACUUCGUGCUCAAGAAUCAGAAGUCACUGUCGUUGGCGAUUCACAUGAAACUUCAGACGGUUCCGAGAUAAAGUUGAACCAAACAUUCGAAGAUGUUCAUACCUAA